UGUGUGCGUGUGUGCGUAAGAUGUGUGUGCGUGUCUUGAGAGUCCCAGCAAACUGUCGUCAUACGUAAUUCCAAAUCUGACGUCGUUUUACCAAACUUUACGUCACGUUGCGAAGACGUCAUGUCUGCUGUCACUCUGAAAGGCGCAGACGGCACAACUUGCUCAGUACGCCAUAGCUAGCGAAGCAAGUUUGUGAGGGUCCAAAGAAUCGUUUGGCUGAAGCAGACUUCACUGAGGAUUUGAUUGGAAAUCGACGAAGAUUUUGUCUGUGCUUCGUGCAAAAUGUCCAAUCAGAGGGAAGACUUCAUUCACGGGAGUACACAAUCUAAAAAGAGUUCAGUUCUACCCGAGAACACUAGUGGCGCGGAGUGUCAAGCUUCUGAUGCUACAGAAACUGUCCUCAGAAGUGACGACGCGUCCCAAAACGCGGUAGUGAGUUCCACUGUUGACAUCGGCGAAAGUCAGAGUCGCAACAACGACACACGUCAGCCGGCGCACGGUUCAUGCUUGCGGUAUUUCAUCAGAGAUGAAAGUCACAUGGCUGACGACAUUCCAAGCGCCGAAAAGCACCUAGGUCUGAGCGAGAUCCUGGAGUCCAGCAGGCUGGAGCUGGGGCCGGCAGAUACCUGCCACGACCUCAGCAUCUCCAGCAACACGUCGGCGCUGCUUUUUCAGUCGGCCGCUUCCGAGAAGGACAACGAGGAGACUGUCCACGACGAGGAGGCGAUCAACACUAUCACGCUGACAGCGGAAGAAAUGGAGAAGCUGAACACCAACCAUCGCAUCGAGAUCUUGACACGGUCUCCGGGAGGCACUGACCAGAAGCUCUUCUUUGUUCUCGAUGAGAAGGACACGUCUGGCAUAUUAUGCGAGGAGAUACAACAUUCAUCGGAAAGCGACCCUUUGGCGGUCCAGACCUCGAUCGGGGAAAACUACGAAGGCGUUAUGAUUCAAAGGAGUCUGGCUGGUGCCAACAGGAGAUCCGAGACUGAAGGUGGAAGUACAGAAACAGGCAGCAAGGUGGCGAAGCAUGUCAGCGCAUUCACCAGAAUAGGUACUCCCGUGUCGGUCCCUGCAAAUCACGACUUGGAAAGACCAGCCGCAGACCAUCCACAGAACUCGAACCUCGUGCACAGGGUGCAGGGCUACGCGCAUGAAGUCAACGACGCCUCCGAAAUGCCAUUUUAUCCUGCCGCAGACGAAGCUCUGUGCGCCGAGCAAAUGUCGUUCUCAAAGAGGCAUUCUUCGUUCAAGACUGGUGCAAGCAGUAGCAUUAUGUUAGAGAGCCGCCAUUACGAGCCGCCGUCGGCAGAGCGAAGCCGCAACGGAGACACGUCGCAAAAAAUCAUCGUCGCCGAACACUGGAACUCUCGAUUAAAUCACCACCCAGCUCACGAAGAUGAAGAUAUUUUGAACUUGGACACUUUGAACACUUUUCCACACGCUAGGCCUUACGUAUCUGGCUUUGCGGAACCCCCAAAUCCAGCAUUAUUUUCAAGGGCGCGUUCUGGCUCUGAUUACGCGUCAGAAACCAGCGGGUCUUUCCACGCUGACUUGUCCACCUUUUACCAGUCGGACGAAGAUCUCGGUAGAUCAAAGUUCUUCAGUAGUAGAAGAGACAGCUCAAGGUUUCAGCAGUAUGUUCACAACAGGCAUGUUGCUUACUCGGACAUUUAUUACCCUGUGGCUGACACUGGGUAUGACUACCUCCAGCCCGAAGCUGGUCCAGUCAGUUGUGACGACACCAGGUACCAGUACCCGCUGCUGCUUUCUUCCAGAGCUGAGGGGAAUGUUAACGCGAUUGUGGUGGGGAACGGAAUGCAGUCCUUCUGCCGGGAGGACAUUCGUCCCCGAUAUCCCCCAGAUGUCAAACUGGUGCCGCUGUCAUACGGCAAGGACUCGAACCUGUAUCCUGAGUCUGGUGAGAAUUUCCACGACGCAGCUGCUCUUGAGUCAGCUACAUACAUGUAUGUGCGUCCUAUGAGAGGGAGAGGCUUGAGGGGUCAAGGACCUCGGGCCAGAACCAGGGGGAGGAGAAGUACCGCGGGACGGCAGUACCUACAACACCGACUACUGUGGGCACGCUACACUGGCCGCUCCCCGGAGGCACUCAGCCGUGUUCUUCAGACCAUUCAGGACCGCUGUGGUAUUCGCCCCACUAACCAGAGUACGUCCUUGAACUGGGACGGAAUAAACCAAGAGACGGCAGCUCAUUACCCCGUCCAUCAUCUCGAAGCUGUACCCACGCGUGGACAACAAGACUUCGUAGGGGAGAAUGAGCGGCCAGCUAGAGUGCCUCUCCCGGAGUCCACCACCGGAUUCUUGAAGCCAGCAAGCAUCCAGGGUGUGUUGUACCACCGCGAACGGCCACUCAGCGCGAAUGUCACUUCUGGCGAGAAAGAUGUGGAAGAAGGCUACAGCCCGAGGCAUGAAGGCGCCGGCAGCAACUCAUUAGAAAAGAAGAGGAACGAAGGAUCCAUGGCAAGAGAAAACCUUAGCAUUAACUCGCCACAAGUUCCGAGCAACAAGCGCCUGCCCGCUAACACAGGCGGGAUAAUACAAGAAAAUUUGUCGGCAAUGGGAUCGGUUAGGAAGGAUGAAGCCGGGGAGACUAUCGCCGUGACAGAGAUGACCAACGCUGGUGACGCGUUCAUAUCCACCAAGUUCGCUGCGCUGAACAACGCCAGAGAACGGAAGAGGGAAGAAAACCAUCGACUCGCUGGCGACAAUGCGGUCGUUGCCGACAUUGCGCCAGUUUCUCAGACUAAACACGCUGACGACAAGGUAGACAAGGAGAGUGCAGGUGACCACAGAAACACCCCUGGUCAGGGUAAAUCAAACGGCGAAGCUAGCUGCACACUUACCGCUGAUGACUCAAACACUGUGGAUGAAGAUGGUGCACACACUGAGAGUGAGGCCACAAACAGUGUUGAAGACCGUUUAGACUCGAGCGUGGGCGAGAUUGCAAAGUUCGGAGCCACGGAUAAAGAAGACAGCGCCACGUUAGAUGACAAAGCCGUGCCAAGCAAAGAGGAUGCAAGAAAUACACGUGACCUCCCAUGGGGAGAAAACACCGCAGCCGAGAAAAUGGAGACUUCCAGUCAUGGCUUCGGAGUGGACAGCUGCCAGAAGAAGAGAAGGUGCGGUUCUGGCACUGAGAAUCUGGCUUUCGGUACAAAUGAUGAUCAUUCCAGUCUGGACACGACGGAAGCAAACAGCAAAGAAAACCGAAGGGCAGUUGGCGUCGCUGUCACCGGCGCAGCUGAGGCUGAGGACAUGAGAACCCCUCAGUACGUCAAGGAUGAGAAGCCUGACGAGCAGCUGGGAAUCCCUCCCACUCCGUCCAAAAAACUUAGGUUUGGUAACCGUGUUCACAGCACUGAAACAGACUGGAGGAAAGGAAACAAAACAUCUUAUCCCACGCUGCCCGAUGACAAGCAAAGAGAUAUUUCCGCAUCUUGCUUCCAAAUCGAACAGGAGCGUGUCUCAAAAAUUAAUGAUAGACAUUCCAUCGCUGAGCCUGUUAUAGGUACCGAGGGGUCUGAGGCGUUAGUGAAGGUGGUCUGCGAAUCUAAAGUGUCCUUCGGCAGCUUCGAGGAAAAAGCGAGCAAAAAUGUCGACAAGAAGAAUCGAGACGUCCACCCGGCCAGCGCGCAACAGAAGAAGAAGCAUGUGAGACGGUCGCUGUUUCCCUCCCCGGUCAAAGAAAGUCGCUUUGGUGGAGGAGUAACUCAGCAGGAGGAAAACAACCACGAUAAUUUGGCGGAUGCGACAAGGAAUGGGAAGCAAGCAGCGACGCCAGUGACUGUGGAUGCCGGACAAGAGGUAGCAAACCUCAGUGGCGACACCUAUCCCUCUGUCUCGCAGUUUCUGCAGGCGGCAGCGACCGGUGGCAUCAACAUCAACAUCCACGUCAGCAAUGACGUCAUCAAAGAGCCACCAGCGCGAGGCAGUCGGGAGGAUUCGCACGUGGGCAAAAGCGGACCAGGAAAGCGUAGCUUUUUGAUAGGAAAACGCCCUGGAGGUGAACAGAACGCAGACGAACUGCAAUCACGCGAACGGCCUGCAAAGCGGCCUCAUUAUUCAGAGGCUUGGCUGGGACAGUGCGGCCAGAAUCAGGUAGCAUCAGAUCUGGCGCAUCUGCAGGUCCAGGCAGGUCAACAAACAGACGGCAGGAACAUUGCUGCCUUCGGAAGCAGGUUCGUCGACUUCAGUAGCGACGGACUUGGUGGAUCUGAACUUCAGAGUCCGAGUUAUCCGUCUUCGACGCCUGAUGCGUUGGACACCUACUACACAUCCGGUUACAUCCAGCAGUACGCCUGGCCCCUGUAUGCCAGCGCACAAGCCGCCACAUCGCGGCACCCGCCAGUGUUUGAGAGGUCGGACCCUUUCUCACCCUGCGCACCUUCUCCGCAACGCCCCCAGCAUGCGCCCUUUCACGAGGUCAUCUCCGACCAAUAUCUCCUGGCGCUGGAGAGUGCAGUGAGGGCCAGCCAGGAGCUGGAGAACAAGGACUUGAGCGUUAAGCUCAACGCCCCACGAAAGACGCGAAGAGCCGUAGGAGGACAGGACAACGAGCGGGACUUCCUGGUGGUGGAGACGCGCAAGCAUCGAUGGUUCCUUGGGGAUUCCCCGCUGCGGGCAUAUCCCCCAUAUCCGGGUGGGGAGGCCAACACCUUCUAUGUCUCGCCUGACACGGCGCACAAGCUGCAGAACCUGCAGCCUUACGGUGACAUGUAUCCACACCAUAUCAUUAAGAGCGAUGGUUUUAUUGGUGCCGGGCAGUGCCCUGACUAUGGGUCCAGCGGUGUUCUGGGAGCGCAGCAGCAGCACCACCACCCGCAUGCCCACGAAGCCAUGUUCGCCGAAGAUCGACGUGGCUUGGACUACAAGAAAUGGCAGGAAAGCAGAAACACGAGCUUGAGCUACGUGGGUAACAGCCAGCACCACGCCAACGGCAGGUAUGUCCCAGCCGAGUACGCCAGCAUCCCCCAGGCCAGCUUGAUGAGAAGCGGCGGGGGUCAUGGGGGCUUAGCUUACGUUGAUAACCAGAGCGACGGGACUCGAUUGAAGGUAUGGCACAGACUAGGCCAGUCGGAUUCGUCAGGGAGUUUUGCAGUGUCGGAACAGCCUGCCGAUUCUCUCCCGAGCAAGCAGGUAUCACUGCUGGACAAAGCCAGGUUCAGAUCUUGAAGACAGGGUGCCAAAAAGUGAAUGUCGAAUCUCUAAUGAGCCCAGUGAAAAUCUUAAGAAAGCAGAGUCGAAAGGGCUCACAAAUCCUUAGACAUAUUGUUACAGGUCCUGAGUGGAAAGAAAUGUUUUUUUAAAAAUUAAUGUAAUCACCGGUUUGACUUAUCUUCUUCCUAAUUUACUGCUUUAGUCCGGAGUUUGCUAGUUUUCAAACACUGCUUCACAGAUUUAUUACAAAAGUUUAGUUCAGACGAUCCUUGUUAAAAGAUGAUUAAAAUUGUACUCUUGCAAGUAACUAAAAUAUGCCUCAAUAGAAAAAACAAUGGUGUAUCAACCUGCAGUUAAACAGGAUUCAACUUUUGACGAAUGUCGUGGAUACAGAUUUAUUUGCAUAUCACACUGAAAGGUCAAGCGAACAAGUUGCUCAUGUCAUCUGAUGAUCGUGAUCUGUCUGUGGCGUAAUUUUCCAACCUCCAUUUUGCACACGAGGCUUACAAUUUUUGUCUUCAACAAACGUGGAAGUAUUUUCAUAUCCUCAUCGCAAAUUGAGAGUUAACAGCAUGAUUUCCUGAAUUCGUUUUAAAUUUCUGCUUUUAAAAAGUUAAAUGUAUUGAUUCAAUAAACUUAUUAUAACAGACAAUGCAUGUCUUGCUUACAUGUUUUAAACAAAACUCUUUUCAGAAAAAAAUUAUGCCAUCAUCCCUUUUGUUACACCAAACACUGCUUUCAGAUACACUUCUAAAUAUAUUUCCUGCUUAACAACCAACCUAGAGUUCAUAAGUAUUAGCACAAAGUUAAUUUAUUCAGAACAGUAUGCCAUAAUCUGAGAUGCUUUUCUCCUUCAAAAAUAUCAAAAUUUGGUUAAUUUAUAAUGCUAAUAGACAUAGACUUACGCAAUACACAAAGACGAUCUCCUGGGCUACACAGUCGGAUCACAUGACCCCAACACUCACAUAGCAGGACUGGAUGUUUCUUUCCCAAUAAUCCACGAUGUCAGCCAGACUCCCAAACAGUACAUUUCUGGACUGUCCGUUUUUCACACAGCACUCCAGAUAAUCCUAGGCACUACAAAAUCAAACUAUUGUAGGAAAUAUUAACUCAUAAGUAGGAUCCAUAGAGGAAAUUGCGAAAUUUUUUGUGGAUUUAUUUUCAUAAAGCAAUAAAAGUAAAGGAAAAGCAGAUGAAUUAGCUAGGAUUUGCAAUAAAACAAAACCCUAACCUUAACAUCAAUUUCAACAUUUCUAUUUCUCCAGCAGAAAGAAAGGUAACCAUUAAACCAGAGGU